AUGAAGCCUGGGAACCAGAGCAGCAUGUCCGAGUUCCUCCUCCUGGGCCUCCCCGUCCCCCCGGAGCAGCAGGGCAUGUUCUUCGCCCUGUUCCUGGGCAUGUACCUGACCACGGUGCUGGGGAACCUGCUCAUCAUCCUGCUCGUCAGGCUGGACUCGCACCUCCACACCCCCAUGUACUUCUUCCUCAGCCACCUGGCCCUCUCUGAUGUCUCCUUCACAUCUGUCACCGUCCCUAAGAUGCUCAUGAACAUUCAGACUCAGAACCUAGCCAUCUCCUAUCCGGGGUGCAUCACACAGAUGUAUUUUUAUAUACUUUUUGGCUGUGUUGAUAAUCUCCUUCUCGCAGUGAUGGCGUAUGACAGGUAUGUGGCCAUCUGUCACCCUCUCCACUACACUACCGUCAUGAGGGAAGGGCUGUGUGUGUCUCUGGUGGCUGGCUCCUGGGUUCUCUCUUCCGGCAGUGCCCUCUUGCACACCCUCCUCCUGGCCCAGGUGUCCUUCUGCACUGACAAUGUCAUUCCCCACUUUUUCUGUAGCCUCCCCGUCUUACUCAGGCUGUCCUGCUCUGACACCUCUUCCAAUGAGCUGGCUUUAUUUACUGCUGGGGCUGCGGUUGUCAUUCUUCCAUUAAGUGGCAUCCUGGUCUCUUAUGGCCACAUUGGGGCCUCUAUCCUGCAGGUCCCCUCUACCAAAGGGAUCUGCAAAGCCGUGUCCACCUGUGGCUCCCACCUCUCUGUGGUGCUGCUGUUCUAUGGAACAAUUAUGGGUCUCUACUUUGCCUCCUCACUGAGCAACUCCAGUGGCAAAGACAUGAUUGCCUCGCUGAUGUACACAGUGGUCACCCCCAUGCUGAACCCCUUCAUCUACAGCCUGAGGAACAGGGACAUGAAAUUGGCUCUGGGGAUUCUUUUCAGAAACAGCAUCCUUUUUGCCAAGUGA